AUGACGAUGAUGAUGAUGAUCAUGAUGAUCAUGAUGCCGAUGGCCUUUACAGCAGUUGAUAGUUGCGGCUAUAUGCCGCCGCGGCCGCCGCCGCCGCCGCCGCCAGCCAACUGGCCAGCAGCGGCGGCGCCCGGCUGGGUGCAGCUGGGUGCGGAGGAAUUGCACCCAGCAGUGCACCUGAAGGAAAAGGGACAAGCCGGGCCCAUCAUCAGCAACGCCCGCUCGGUGCACAGGUUGAUGCCCCAGCCGCACCUGAAGAGGAGACGCCGACGGCGAGGCGCCGACGGCAAGGCGGCCGACGGCGAGGCGCCCGAUGGCGAGGCGGCCGACGGCGAGGCGGCCGACGGCGAGGCGGCCGACGGCGAGGCGGCCGACGGCGAGGCGGCCGACGGCGAGGCGGCCGACGGCGAGGCGGCCGACGGCGAGGCGGCCGACGGCGAGGCGGCCGACGGCGAGGCGGCCGACGGCGAGGCGGCCGACGGUGAGGCGGCCGACGGCGAGGCGGCCGACGGCGAGGCGGCCGACGGCGAGGCGGCCGACGGCGAGGCGGCCGACGGCGAGGCGGCCGACGGCGAGGCGGCCGACGGCGAGGCGGCCGACGGCGAGGCGGCCGACGGCGAGGCGGCCGACGGCGAGGCGGCCGACGGCGAGGCGGCCGACGGCGAGACGCUGACGUAA